ACCUAAGCGCAGCUAAUUCAAGUCGGAUUUUCCAAGAUGAUGUAAUUGGUGGGAAUGCUGACGUGUCAGUAACGCCUGGACUGUGUCUUGGAAAUAUCACAGAAUAGCAGGGACAACACACCAGACCGGAACCAGUCUGACCUAGGAUUGUUACUAUCUGUAGUAACGUUUGACUGUGCAUCAAUGAUUGAUGGUGUUGAAAUGUCAGACAAGGCGAGGUUUCGGAACACAAACAUCCGACACUAGAUCGGUUGCUAUGGACCUCCUAACACCAGAACAUGUGCCAUACAGCAACUGGACCAUCCUGUCAGGUUUGCUCUUUCACCUGGGGCUUGGCUUGUGGCAGUUGAGUCAGGAGAGGUUCCUGCCCAGCGACAGUGUUGAACUUGCCACCUUCGACAUCACUGUGUCAACCUACGCCAUUUACCACAGUGGUUUAAGCAUACUGAGAUUGUGCAUUGCCGGCGUCGUUGCGUUCGUUAAAAGAUAUGGCUUGAAGAAAGUGUUGCUAUAUUUGAGUUUCAUAUCUGCCUUGAGUUGUGUCAUCGUGUCUGGAUUAGACUUUACAUCCAUCAACAUGGCCCGAGUCCUCCAGAAGAAGAUCUUGGGGAGGAUCAGUGACAGCGUUGUUGAGAUAGAUGAGAUGAGAGGCCCUAUCAAGUUUCGACACAUGACUGAUAGUAUCCCAUUCAGUGUUGAGGAGCACACCAAAUAUCCCGGGGAAGAAGUUGUGUUUGAGUGCUACAGACAUCAGAGGUAUUCCGCGGAAGUCCUUCCUUGGCCAGAUCAAGUGGUUUGGGAGAAAGAUGGCAAACCUCUGCACACUUCAGACCAUAUUAACAUUACCUGGACGUUCGAGAAUGUCACCGCAGGUGAGGAUGGUGAGCAACACACGGACUAUUUAAUUUCCUCUAAACUGACAAUAAUAUUCAUAGACCAAACUGAUUUUGGAAACUAUUCAUGCAAGGUGAAAGACAAUGCAAUAGUCAUACACAUUACCCUUCCGAAGCCCAAGCCACCCAUGUGUCCCCUAGAGCCACCCCCUCCAUGUAUGUGUUUUUGUCUGUGUGAACCACCGCCGCCCCCAAAACCCAUUCUGCGACUAACCGGAAAGAAACAGCAACAAAAUAAUGAGUUCCAAAAGGUGAAGGUGUUCAGCCUUGUCCAGAUGAAAGAGCUUACCCGUGUUGUCCACGCGCCACCUGGUGGUCUGGUGUCCUUCACUGCCACCUUCGACCACCUAGGAGAGAUAGAUGAUGUAUCAUUUAAUUACACCAUUGGCGGCGAUCCAUUUGAUACCGUUUGUGGCGGGUUGUAUACAGGCUGUUCUAAAAUAGUGUUGUUUUACUGGAUGUUUUGGCAUAACGGAGGUCAUAACGACCUAUUCACCUGGAGGGCAGGAAGUGUUCGAAUGCGAAAUUCAGUAACCGGCACAGGAUGGCAGUGUGUCUGUAAGAAAACAUACAACUAUCAUGAGUUUGCGUUUUUUCGCACAGUCUACAACGCUUCAUUAGGACGCGAGGAGAUAAGGGAAGUGAAAUACCCCCACAGGAUCCUCCUGUCUCCUAGAACCCCUGACCUCUUCUUCGUCAACUUCACAAACACCCCCGACCCAAUUGCCAAGGAGCCUUGUUGGAUCCGACCAAAGAAACAGCUACUGCAUAAUUACUGUGAAAACGAUGAAGCCGGGCUGGACUGGAUCAUGUGGAUCUUAAUUGAAUUUGAAUUUCCCUUCAUGCUUUCAACAUUUCUUAUAAUGUUCAUUUCUGUCAUGUUUGUAGCCAAGCUCACAUCAACUCGCUUUGUGAUACCAGUGAGAAACAGAAUAUUGGAAGGAUCCUUUUAUCCAUGUAGGAGAUGUGUCAAAACCGCAGAAACCCUCGGAUGUUUUCAAGGGGAGGGCGGUGAAGCCCCGAAGUAUGACGUGUUCGUGUCUCAUCCAAGACAUGGUGAGGUUGCUGGGCAACAGCUCACGACUGUCUUGGAGUCUGCAGGAAAUCAGGUCUUCUUGCCUUGUCGGGACAUACUGAUUGGCCAACCCAUAAUACCCGCAAUGGUGAAUGCUAUUAACACAAGCAGGCUCUUUCUUGUCAUGGUGACGCAAGAAUACAUACAAAAUGGCUUUAACCAUCGGUUUGAGUUGCAGCACAUCCUCCUUACUGGGUCAAGAAGAGAACGGCUGAGUAAGAGGUUGCUACUAAUAUUGUGCGAUGAUUGCUUUGUGCCAGAACCGUUUGAAGGAUGCCCCAUGAUUGAGUGGAAGACUAAUGACAGACUCGACGAAAACAAACAGCAAUUGAGAAAUUGGUCAAAAGGAAAAGGAUGUUUUUGUGACACGGAUAGUUCGUGUGUGGUGUCAUGAACAUGGAUGGCCACAAGGGACACCAAGAAUACCGGAGUAUAGCCUCACUCUAAUCCAGGAUACACAUUGUGUGAGUUCUACAUGGCGCUUCCAAGCAGCACCACGACCACAGAAACACUGUUAUUUAUCACAGGGCGGCUGUCUAGGACGUUGAUGACCCUCCGAAAAAAUGACUGAAAUAUAUUUAUAUACCCCCCUUCCAUAGCUAACAUGAUUUUCUGUGGAUUGUUUAUGGUGCAUUGCUGCAAGAGUGUGAUUUGUUACGUAUGAACACAAAUAAGUCCAACACAACACUGGAACUGAUGCACGGCAGUAACUUCCAAAGAACAUUUGUACUUUGAAAUCCACAUGCUCGUUGCACUGUGUACCUGUACACGGUGAGUGAGUGAGUUGGGUUUAACGCCGCUUUUAACAAUAUUCCAGUUAUAUAACGGCGUGUCAGCUUAAUGUGGGAGGAAAGCCCGAAGUGAUGCAGGUCACAGACGUUUACCACUUCGGUGAAACCCACCAGCACGGGUAUGGUGCUGACAAACCUAGAAACAUAAUCGGAGCGAACCGGGAUUCGAACCCACAAUCAUAGGUUUCUGGCGCGCCCAAGGGACGCAACUCUGCACAGCGAAUCGCGGCACCUUAGACGACUGGGUCACCCGUGCCCCCUGUACACGGUGAAGCAGAUAAACACACCUGUGACCGGGUGGCAGAAUUGUCAGUAGCUCUGACUACUCUUUCCUCACCAGUCAUUUAUGACG